AUGAGCACAAUCACCGGGGCAUACGGCACCAGCCAGAUGCCCCUCGCCGGGGCCAUUCUGUGCUUUACCUCCGUCGCCCCAGAGCAGCGUACAGAACUCUCAGUCAUUGGUGCGCAGAUGGGCGCGCAAGUCAAACUCGACCUCACCUCAGAUGUCACCCAUCUUGUAGUCGGCAACACCAAUAGCGCCAAGUAUCGCUAUGUCGCAAAGGCACGCGAAGACGUCAAGGUCCUUUUUCCGGAAUGGAUACAUGCAGUGCAGAAGGUCUGGAUGACAGGUGAAGACGUAAACGUAUUGGAAGUUGAGGAGCAGUGGAGGUUGCCACCCUUCUACGGCCUCAGGAUAUGCCUGACUGGCUUUGACAAUCCCGAACAACGCAAAUACAUACAGGAAACGGUCACAAAAAAUGGCGCCGAGUACCACGGCGAUCUAACAAAGGCCGUCACGCAUCUUGUCGCAGCCCACCCGUCGGGAAGCAAGUAUGAGCACGCCGUCAACUGGCGCAUGAAGAUUGUCACAUGGGAAUGGUUCGAGCAGAGCUGCGAACGUGGCAUGGCCCUAGAUGAGGCCUAUUAUCAUCCUACAAUGGCGGUAGACGAGCGGGGCGUUGGGGCGUGGGACCGACGUAGGAGUACCUCACCCAUGCUUGGGAAGCGCAUGCGAGCAGCUGAGCAAGUCGAACCGAUCCUCAAUCCUUCACGACGAAAGCUGCGACGUGCUGCAAGUACCCGCCUCAGUGGUCAGACCGAAGCCUUAUGGGCUGGGAUCACCUCCGGAGGCUUGGAGAAGAAACCUGACGACGGAGACGACUGGACCGAAGACAGUAUCGCUCAGCCAGACCGGCAGCCCGAAAUCGAACACCGUACCACGCCAGUAGUUGAGUCACGCGAUGGCAUGCAGCCAAGGAAAGACCCUGCAUCGCGCCCUCGCGGCCCUUUCUCAGACGACCAUGAUGGGAUAUUCUCAGGCCGAGUAGUCUUUUUACGCGGCUUUGAUAAAAAUAAAACCAACAUCCUACGAGAGCAUCUAGACAGUAAUGGAGCUGUAGUGGUCUGUGAUGCAGCGGAAUUAGAGAAGUUCGCUGCGGAUGACCUCGGCGAAGGUUUCGUGUUAGUUCCUCACGAUGUUCAACCUGACCUCACAUCACUUCCGGAUGCUGCCGGAGCCAUGUCGAUGGUGACUAAUUGGUGGGUCGAGCGCUGCCUCCACGGGAAAUGCCUAGUGGACCCCACAGACUUCGUUCUGUGGUUAGCAGGUCUUACAAUUAAUUCAACCGGCUUCACGGGAAUCGAGUUAUUGCAUGUCACGAAGGCAGUGGCAAUGUUCGGGGGAACAUACGACGAGAUCUUGUCGCCAAAAGUAUCGGUCUUGGUCUGCCGCAAUGACAAGCCAAACCGUGAUAAGUUGAAAUAUGCUGCCGACAAACAUAUACCUGUAGUGCAUGCGGAUUGGCUAUGGUCUUGCAUAACAAGCUUUGAGGCUCAGCCCUUUGAUGCGUAUCUACUCAAGGCUGUUCCAUCACAGUCACCGCAGCUGAGACGGAAGCCGAAUGAUUCUUCAAACAAGGUUGUGCCCACUGCGCCUCUUUCGAAAGAGGAUAGCAUCAAGCUCCAACAGAAAAAGGCCCAAAAGGGUCGGCUGGGUUUCGAUACUCGGAGCAAUUCACGACGUCCGGGGGCACUGGAGCUAUCAGCGUCUGGACCUCCAACUCCGUCUACUGAGGGCUCGUCCACGAAUCCAAACACAACUAACAGUCAAUCUAAACCAUCUAGCUUAGCAUUUGAACAGGCUGCGCAAUUUUCGGAGAGCUAUGACGGCACAGCCUCGCUCCCUCUACAGGAUGUAGACGUAAACUCUCCACGCAAGCGCUCUACUUCAUCCACCGAUUCAGCAACGUUCUCCAAACCAGCAGACCCAUCCGGGAAGCCGGCGCCGGCACAGCGGAACACUAAGCUCGUCAGACAGCCGUCCCCAGACUCCGUCAUCCCGCCUGAUACCGAACGUCCAGCCGAAGCCGAGGCACCGAUCGCACCGCCCCCAGAGAAAGACUAUUCCGACAUCAUGUCAAAAUUACUUGCGAAUCGGAAAAUGUCUGUUCCCCUGGAGAAAGAAGAAGAGAAAGGCCGACGGAGACGGCGUCCACUGGGCCGUGCGCAGUCUGGACGCUCAAACACUUCAACUGCUGAUGACCCGCUCUCCCGACCAUCUUCGGCCAGGGUCGUUGAAGAAGAAGAGAUGGGUGAGGAAGACGGUCAUGUGCUGGAAGCUUUCAAGCCGCCGGAGCCGAGUCAGAUGCUUGGGUGGGACUCGCCUGGAGCGCAGAGGGCGAGGGAGAAGAUGAUUCGGGCGAUUGGGGGGAAUCUCGCGACCGAAUCGCCUGCUAUUCAAGAGACAAGGGCUGUUAAGGACGCGGUGACUGAUACAUCACUAAGCAUGGGCAGAGCGAGCAGGAAGAGAAGAUAA